UGAUGAAAAAGCACGCAUCUGAUCGUUGUUGUGCGCGUCAUACGACGUCUCAUAUAACACAGCCAUAACGUCACGAAGUGGUGCUCGUAAAAGUAUACGAUAAUCACAUUAGAGAUGUAUCCAAAUGAAAAUUACGAAAACGACAUAAAAUACACUGUACAACUAAAUCGCGUCUUUUGUCGUCUAUUGGGCAUUUGGCCAGAGGCAGAGACCUCGUUUCUCGCAAAUCUCAAGAGGUUCUCGCUGAUACUGGGCUGUUAUUUUCUCCUCUGUUGCGAGCUAAUCCCGACAAUCCUGUACACAGUGUUUGUAGAAAAACGAGCCCGCGUUAGAUUGAAGCUUAUAUCGUCCAUAAUGUUCACGAUAGUGGCGGUUCUCAAGUACAGCUGCCUGGUGCUCAGCAAGAACCAAGUGAGACAUUGUCUGAUGCAAGUCAAGGACGAUUGGCGAAAUGUCACGAGCGUGAGCGCUCGUAAUUCCAUGAUCGACAAGGCCAGGACUGCGAGACGUUUGCUCAUUCUGUGCGGCAUAUUCAUGUAUACCUCCGGCUUGUAUUUUCGCACGAUCGUGCCGUUAAGCAAGGGGAAGUCCGUAACCGAUCAGAAUAUCACGAUCAGACACUUGGCGUGCCCGAGUUAUUUUGUUGUGUUUAACGGGCAGAUCAGUCCCGCGUACGAAAUCAUAUUUUUUAUACAGUUCUUCUCCGGAUUCAUUAAGUACACCAUCACGGUAGCCAUUUGCAGCCUCGCCGCUCUCUUCGUUAUGCAUAUAUGCGGACAGCUGGAAAUAUUGAUGGCACUAAUAGACAAUCUGGUAAACGAAACGGAAGAGAAAAAGCUGGACAGGAAGCUGACCUUGACCGUCGAACAUCAGAUCAAGAUGUGGAAUUUCUUACGAUUGGUGCAGAGUACUUUGGAGCAGACGAGCUUGCUAGAAGUAAUGGGAUGCACGAUAAUUGUGUGUCUUCUAGGACACGAUGUUAUCACGGAGUGGGAAGAUCAAAAUGUUGUAUCAAUGUGCUCCUAUCUUAUUCUACUUACAUCGAUUGGGUUUAACAUUUAUAUCUUUUGCUUUAUCGGCGAACAACUUUCUGUAGAGGGAGAAAAAUUAGCGUUAACAGUAUGUACGUUCGCCUGGUACCGUCUUCCGAAUGCGAAAGCACGAGCAAUGAUAUUAGUCAUAGCCAUGUCGCUUAUCCCAACAAAACUUAAAGCCGGGAAGUUCUUCGACCUUUCCAUCAGAACUUUCGGUGAUGUCGUUAAGACAGCUGUGACGUAUCUUAAUUUUAUUCGGAGAAUGAUGGAAUAAUAAUUCGAUUGUACAGAAAUAUCUGGCUGCUAUUUUCUCGUUAACAUGGCGAUGUAGCGUCAUUCAGUAGGAAUAUUAAUAUAAGAAUAAAAAAUUAUAUGUAACGCAAAAGUUCUCUUAACUUUUACCCUGGAAAACAGAAGAUGUUUUGCAAAAUAUAAAUUUCCUCAAUUCAAAUAAAUUUCUCUUGUAAAAACGAUGCAUUAUAUCAUA